AUGUUCCAUAUGCCCAAAUUUUUUAAUAAUUAUUUAAGAGAGCGUGGUCUUGUCAAUCAAAUCUACGCAGCAAUGGAGAACGAUGAUUACUCUCAUGUAGUUAUGGCUGCUCUCUAUGUACUUGAGGAAAGUGGCAGUUUACCAAAGAUGGAAAAAGAAAACAAAUGUGAGAAAAGAUCUGAUAAAUAUCGUGAAGAAGGUAAUAUAGCAUUUAAAGUAGGAAAUUUAAACAAAGCACUAGAAUUUUACAAUAGAGCUCUGAUGUUUGCGCCAAAAAAUUCAAGAGCGAUAAAACUUGCUUAUAGCAACAGAUCAGCAAUCUUAUUUAAAUUGAAACAAUUUAGAGCUUGUUUAAUUGACAUAGAAACUUGUUAUAAACUGGGUUGCCCCACAGACAUUCAAAGUAAGCUUAUUAAGAGGAAAAAGGAAGCUACAAAAUUAAGCAAAAUAGAAAAUAAGACUGUAAAUUUUUGUACUGAUUACUUUAAAGAUUGUUUUAAGUUUGAUGUUAAUUGCAAUACCCACAUACCUUGCGCUAGCUCUAACAUAGAAGUUAUGAAAGAAGAUGCUUUUAAAGUAGUUGCAGCAAAAGAUAUUAAAGUGGGAACUCCCCUGGCUUUAGAAGAUUCGUUUGUAAGUUGUAAUAACGAGGAAAAUAUACAAUUUUCUUGCCAUCACUGCCAUAAAAUGUCUUUGAACCUAAUACCAUGUGAAGAUUGUUGCUUAGUUUUGUUUUGUAGUGAAGAAUGCAAAGAAAUGUGCUUAAAAGAAUACCAUAACAUCGAAUGUCAAAUUAUGGAGGUUAUUCAAAACGUAGCUUUUAGUCCCAUGGCGAAAUUGAUGAUAAUAGGCACUUUAAAAUUUGUCCAAAUGUGUGGAUCAUGGAAAAAAGUGAUUUCAUCUUCACAUUGCACUGGUGGUGACAGGAUACGCAUCAGUUCAGAACAGGAAAUGUACGAUGUCAACAAUAAGUUCUCGGUUCUUAAUUUUGAUGAUAAUCGGUUGUUCGUACAUGGAUCAAUGUAUUCAGCUAGUUUUGUAUGUGCUACAGUUAUUUAUCAUUUAGAAAGAAUACCUUGCUAUUUUCCUCAAUCAAUUGAUGAAAGGAUACUUGCUAAGAAUGCACUGGCAAGAAUCAUGAUGUACUUUUGUCUUUACGCUCCCCCCACACCAGUUAAUCUCCGUGUAUUAGAUAUCAUAAAUAAAAAAGCGUUUUUCAAUCCAAUUCCAAAUCACGGAUGGUAUCCUUUAAUUGGUAAAUUAAAAGAAUCUUGCAGUCCAAAUGUAUUUGCUAUAAAUUUAAAUAAAAAAAUGUUGUUGAUUGCGUUGAAGCCUAUAAAAAAGGGAUCAGAGUUAACUGUUUCUCACACGUAA